AAAACCCACAGCAUUUUCUUGGUUUCUCUAUACCAAGUCCGAGGAAAACUAAUCAAAGUUCCAACGGAGACAUUCAAAUCCCAGGAAAAAUGAUUGCAAGAAAACAGAAAACCGUCGAAGCAACCAUGAAACCAGUGAUGCUCACUCCAAAUUCCUCUGUGAAGUCCAGCAUCACGGUGGACAGCAACCCAUCAGAAACACGAGACAGUUUUUACUUCCCAGGAUGCAGGAAGGAUGCAAAUUGCAACUGCGAGAUCUGCAUUGCCAGCAUAAACGCGACUCUUGAUUUGAUGCCGCAGAGUAUGCAUAGAAGCUCUGUCACAAGAUUCUCUGCCUCGAGGCCUGUGAUUUCAAGAAGCCCUAUUUCGUUCGGCACUUCGUCUGCUGAUCUUUCGACCCCGAAAUCAAGCGCUCGGACAAGGACUCUGGCUGCAUCUCCGCCUCCCGGUUCGACUGAGAGGACAGGUCUUGAGGAGAAGGUGGAGAGCGAAAAGAAGGAGUUGGGACAUGGGGUCCUUGUGGUGAGAGUAUUUUGGGUUUUGAUCUUGGUUCUUGGGGUGGAAUAUGGGUUUUCUUGGCUGGUGUCUGGGGUUAUGAAGCCUAGAUUGUCGCUGGAUAUUGUGAAGAAUUUGGGUGCAAACUCGCGGGAUUUCAAGAGUUUGGGUAGAAGGUUUCAUUUCUUGAAGAAUGAGUUAGAGGGUUUGGUUGGUAAGGAGGUCUCAAGCUGCAGUUCUGAUAAUUCCUUGUGGAGAAUCAAUCAGGAUGGUUUAUUGCUGCAUUCACGGUGUGUGCUUUACAAAUCCAUGAUCGAGGAGGUAAGCAUUUGGGGAUGGCCAUUGCAAGCUGCUGGAUUGCUCAAAGCAGAAUUUUCUUCACGAUCGUUUAGCAUUAUAUCGGGACGAGUUGCAGAGUGGUCCAAUGUGGAAGCCAAGUAUUUCAUACCGAGGGCUAGUAAUAGUUCGUGGGAGCAAGGAAAAUGGACCGCCUCUGUGGUGCAGUUGGACCCAAAUACUUGGAUCCUUGAGUAUAAACGGAGCUUUCUCAUGGACAACCCAAAACUGGUUUCGGCUGCAGGGGAGUUCUUGAAGAUCAGGCUAACAAGAGAGAUUAAAAGGAUGAUGCAGGAAUUCUGGCUGCUAUCUGUGUUUGGAAGCCAAGAUUUUGAUUAUACAGAAAGGAGUAUCCCAAUCCCUACUUAAGACAUGAGAGAGCAUGUGAUUCUCAUUCCUUGUGAGAAUCUUUUGAUGUUAUAGUAAUUUCUUUGGCUCUAGAGACAAUACGAGUUAGGUGCAGCUGGUUUAUGUUUCAGCAGUUGUUCAUUGAUAUAUUGUUGAUGAGUACCACUUUUACUUCAACAAGGCAACAUAUGGAUAUUAUAGAAAUGAUGCAGAAAUAGAUUGCAAUGGAUAGAAUCCAAGAUUUAUAUA